AUGUACCACUACCACAACAACAUUGUUGCCUUUUGGCUUCUUUUACUUGGAGUCUUGACCUCUCCGGUCCACUCGAAAACCGCUUCCCCGGAUGUUUCUGCCCUUAAUGUGAUGUAUAACAGCUUGAAUUCUAAUUCAAAACUAACUGGCUGGAAAUCAAGUGGGGGUGACCCUUGUGGUGACUCCUGGUUAGGGAUCAAAUGCUCAGGCUCAUCUGUAACUGAAAUAAACCUAUCUAACCUUGGACUCACCGGAUCAAUGGGCUACCAGCUUUCAAGCUUAACAUCCGUUACUCACUUUGAUUUAAGCAAGAACAACCUAAAGGGUGAGAUACCAUAUCAGCUCCCUCCUAAUGCAGCUUACAUAGAUCUUUCUCAAAAUGGCUUCACUGGUGGUGUGCCCUACUCAAUUUCUCAGAUGGCAGACCUUCAAUACCUAUAUCUUGGUAACAAUCAGUUGAAAAACCAGUUGAGUGAUAUGUUUGGAAAACUUUCAAAACUGAAAGAGAUGGAUCUUUCCGACAACUCACUGUCGGGCAAUUUGCCUCAGAGUUUCAAAUCACUCAAAAGCCUCAAAAAAUUGAAUCUGCAAAACAAUCAAUUCAGUGGCUCAAUUAAUGCCCUUUCUAAUCUUCCCCUUGAUGAUUUAUCUGGAGGUAAUUCCUGGUCAUCUGGAGGAGCUCCUCCUCCUCCUCCUGGUACACCACGUGUUGCUAAUCAACACACUACUAAAAACCAUUCUGGAGGUAAGUCUGUCUUGAGUGGAGCAGCAAUAGCUGGAAUAGCUUUGGGUGCACUGGCAGCAAUUGGGGUUCUAAUUGCACUAUUUUCAAGAAGAAAGUCGUCUCCUUCCUCACAUUUCCUUGAUGAAGAGAGAUCUAACCAGAGUAGAUCAUUUACUCCUCUUGCAUCUCAGGAAUUAUCCAAAAACUUGCCUACCGACAUAAGCAAUGACUUCAAAGGGCAUAGGUCAGUGGAUUCAUCUGCUUCAAUUGAUGUAAAGACUUUGCAAAAGUCUCCUUCAGUUGGUUUUAAGCUUCCACCUCCUGAGUUUAAGCAAACUUAUAAUGACAAUGAGUUCGUUAACCUUCUGAAUGCUAGAAAAAGCACCUCCCUUCGUGCUACAUCUUACUCUUUGGCAGAUUUACAACUUGCUACUGCUAAUUUUGCGUCAGGCCGCCUUCUCGGAGAGGGAUGUAUUGGACGUGUUUAUCGAGCUAAAUAUGCUGAUGGAAAGGUUUUAGCUGUUAAAAAGAUUGACUCCUCACUUUUUCAAGGAAGGCGAUCAGAAGAGUUUUCUGGAAUAGUUUCAAACAUUUCCAGGCUUCACCAUGCAAACAUAGCUGAGCUUGUUGGUUAUUGUUCAGAACAGGGGCAUAACAUGUUAAUUUAUGAGUAUUUCAGAAAUGGUUCACUUCAUGAAUUCUUACACAUGUCAGAUGACUAUAGCAAGCCACUAACUUGGAACACCAGAGUCAGAAUUGCAUUAGGGACAGGCCGAGCAGUUGAGUACCUCCAUGAAGUCUGUUCUCCAUCCUUAGUCCACAAGAACAUCAAAUCAUCGAAUAUUUUGCUCGACGCUGAUCUCAAUCCUCAUCUCUCUGACAGUGGUUUGGCAAUCUUUCAUCAGCGUACUAGUCAAAACCUUGGGGUAGGAUAUAAUGCUCCAGAGUGCACAAAACCUUCAGCCUAUACAAUGAAAAGUGAUGUUUACAGUUUUGGAGUGGUCAUGUUGGAAUUAUUAACAGGGCGAAUGCCUUUGGACAGUGCAAAACCAAAAUUCGAACAAUGCCUUGUACGAUGGGCCACACCACAGCUCCAUGACAUAGAUGCAUUGGCGAGAAUGGUUGAUCCUGCCCUGCGUGGAUUGUACCCUCCCAAGUCACUCUCUCGAUUUGCUGAUAUUAUUGCCCUCUGUGUUCAGUCCGAGCCCGAAUUUCGACCUCCUAUGUCAGAGGUGGUGCAAGCAUUGGUGCGGUUAGUCCAACGGACAAGUAUGAACUUGAGAGAUGAGCUUGGGGCAUCUCGUGGGAGAGAUGACUUUGAGUAUUUGUGAUUCAAAAUAUUGUAUAUACAUGUGUGAGAUAGAUUCAAGGGAAGGAGAGUCAUGUUCUUUUUGUUUUUUUUUUUUUUCAUGGAUUUUUCUGUUAGUAUAUAUACAUUUUUUUAGAACUCUUAGAAACUUUAGUUGUUAUAAUUUUGAAGU